AUGGCAAACUCUCAGUUCCUGUCUGGUGACAAGAAAGCCAUAGACGAAUUCUUGGACAGAUUCGAUGUCUUCCUCUUUGACUGCGAUGGCGUCCUCUGGUCCGGCGAUCACCUAUACGAGAAGGUCCCAGAAACCCUCGAGAUGCUGAGGAGUAAAGGGAAACAACUCGUCUUUGUCACGAACAACAGCACCAAGUCGCGUGCAGACUACAAGAAGAAGUUUGAAAAACUUGGUAUCCCCGCCCAGGUGGAAGAAGUCUUCGGAUCGUCCUACAGCGCCGCCGUAUACAUCGCUCGCAUCCUCAAGCUCCCCACGCCGAAGAACAAGGUAUUCGUGCUAGGAGAAUCAGGCGUAGAACAGGAGCUCGAAGCUGAAGGUGUCCCAUACAUUGGUGGUACAGACCCUGCCUACCGGCGUGAGUUCCGGCAGCCAGAGGACUUUGAGGCUAUUGCAAAUGGCAGCCUGCUCGAUCCAGAUGUCGGCGUGGUGCUGAGUGGUCUGGACUUCCACUCCAACUACUUGAAGACGGCAAUCGCGUUCCAGUACCUACAACGUGGCGCGGUAUAUCUCGCGACCAACAUCGACAGCACAUUGCCAAAUGCGCACUCUCUGUUCCCUGGUGCUGGUGCAUCAGGCGCUGCGCUUGAGAGAGCGAUUGGUCGAGCCCCGUUGUCUUUGGGUAAGCCGAGUCAGGCGAUGAUGGACGCGAUAGAAGGCAAGUUCAAGUUCGACCGAAGUAGAACAUGCAUGGUGGGCGACAGACUGAACACGGAUAUCCAGUUCGGUAUUGAUGGAAAGCUGGGCGGGACUCUGGCUGUGCUUACUGGCGUUAGCAAGAAGGAGGACUUCCUGGCUGAGGGUGCGACAACUGUUCCCAUGGCUUAUGUGAACGCGCUGGGUGACCUCAUGGGCUGA